AUGGCUCUCGCCAAUAGCGUUAUCCGACGCAAGGAGUUCAUGUCAGAAUAUUUCAAUCCUAACUUCGGUUCCUUUGGGAGAAUUAUGCCGACGUAUAAAAAGGCUAUCUACUAUGUGAGCUAUUUGACCCAUUCUCUACAUUGCGAAAUUUCCCAGCACACGACACUAUGCGACGAGAUUACUUCCUCGCCCUUGUCGGGCUCCCCGUUGACUGCUCAAGCUGCUCCCACUUUUCCACUUGCUGGGUCCGUCGAUUCUCAUCUGGACGUCGGCUCGAGUCUAGGUGGAGCUUACAUUGAGAAAGGCGGAGAUUUGCAUGUAGGUGCAGGCGCCAGUCAAGGGUCUGGAUUUGGCGAAGGGUCUGGAUUUGGCGAAGGGUCUGGGUUUGGCGAGGGGUCUGGUCUUGGAGCUUCAAACGUCGAAGGGUCCAUUUCUGGAGGCUAUGCCAACGAAGACUCUUCUUUUGAAGGAGCUAGCCUCGAGUCCGGUCUGGGGUCUGGACUAGGAGCCGGACUAGGAGCCGGGCUUGGACCUGGCCUUGAAGGCUCUGCCCUAGGAGGACCAGUCACUGGAAGCUCUGGAUAUCAAGGCUCUGACAUAGGUCCCAGCUUGGGAACUGCCGGCAUCGAAGGCUCCGGCAAUGGUGCUAGCCUUGGAAGCUAUGGAGGUGUCGGUCUUGGAGAAGGCCUAGGUGAAGGAUCCGGGACUGGGCAAACUGGACAUGGAGGUUCAGGUAUAGGAGGUGCCAGUACAGAAGGAGCUGGUCCUGGAGGUAUUGAGGGCACCGGUGGCGGAUCAGAACUGCCAUUCACCCCGUCAGUCAUACCCAUUAUAAUGACCUCGGUGGUGCCGAGUUUACCUGCGAUAACCCCUUCCAUGCCGAUUUAUCCUACACCGCUUGUGGUUCCAUCAGCUCCUAGCAUUGCACCUGCUCCGUCUGAAACACCACUUGUCGUUGUUCCGGUACCUUCAGUCGGUCCAGUUGUAUCUUCUGCACCAGCACCAAUUUCUAUUGCAGCUCCAAUGCCGUCAGACACACCACCAGUUGUUGCUUCGGCUCCCUCGGUUGCUCCACUUGCUCCUGUUACGCCGAGCUGUAUUCCGUGUGUUUCAGUUGCACCAGGCCCCUCUGAAGCACCAUCUAUUAUUGUCCCUGUUUCUUCAAUUGCGCCGGUUCCAUCUAUUGCGCCGACUUAUGCUGUACCGCCUUCCUCGUCAUGUACUCCAGCUUUAUCAUCUACUCGGCCACCGACGGGAUCAUCCUCCAUCGGGCCGGCUGCAGUCUCACUUCCUCUGGACCGGUACAGAAUGUCCCGCAUCGCUAGCGCAGAAGAAAGUGGAGAAGGAGCUGCAGCUGGUGUGGGCGAAUCCAGUACUGGUGAAACUGCUGCCGCUGAAGUUGGUGGGGCCGACUUGGCAGGAAUAGGUGAAGAGGGACUCGGUACAGGCCUAAAAGGCAACUCUCUCGGGGAGUCCGAACUUGGUAGUGAAGGUGGCCUGGAAGGUGGCUCCACGGAGGGAGUUGGUCUUGAUGGAGCCGGUGGAGUGGAAGAGGGAAGUAUCGAAAGUAGAUUGGAAGAGGGCUGGGAACACGGGUGCAAGGAAGGAGGCCUGGGCACUGCCAUCGGAGUCGGCAUCGGGAAUAACGGGGGUACUGGGAUCGGUGUGGGCAUUUGA